UCUCUGUCUCAUUGAGGAAGCCUAAGCCAGCCGUUAACAAGGUCUUCCACUUUGGUAGGAUGAUUCUGCCUAAGAAAGUCAAGCUGCUGUUAUUCCUGACUUCCCAGAUGGUGAUCUUCGGCCUCUUCUUCCAUAUGUCUGGCUACAAAUUCCAGAAGGAGGAGCCCAGACCCAUGCACGUGCUGAUCCUGACUUCCUGGCGAUCCGGUUCCUCUUUUGUGGGGCAGGUCUUUGGGCAGCACCCAGAUGUCUUCUACCUGAUGGAGCCUGCCUGGCACGUGUGGAUGACCUUCACCAGCAGCACGGUCUGGAGACUGCACAUGGCUGUGCGGGACCUGAUGAGGUCUAUCUUCCUGUGUGACAUGAGCGUGUUUGAUGCCUACAUGAAACCAGGUCCCCGAGCACAAUCCAGCCUCUUCCAAUGGGCGCAAAGCCGGGCCCUGUGUUCACCACCUGCCUGUGAUGCUGUCUCUAGCAUCCAGAUCAGCUCUCCUAAGCAGUGUGAGGUACUCUGCAGUCGAAAGCCCUUCGAAAUGGUAGAGAAAGUCUGCCGCUCUCACAGCCACGUGGUGCUCAAGGAGGUGCGUUUCUUCAAUCUGCAGGUCCUCUACCCACUGCUCACUGACCCUUCCCUCAACCUGCACAUCGUGCACCUGGUCCGGGAUCCCCGGGCGGUGUUCCGAUCCCGAGAACGCACCGCAGCCGACCUCAAGAUUGACAGUCACAUUGUGCUGGAGCAGAAUUUGACCAUGCUCAAAGUAGAGGAUCAGCCCUACAACGUCAUGAAGGUCAUCUGCAAAAGCCAUGUGGGCAUAGCCAAGGCUAUUCAGGCCUUGCCUGAAACUCUACAACAGCGUUACUUGCUCCUGAGGUAUGAGGACCUGGUCAGGGCUCCCGUGGGCCAGACUUCCAGGAUGUAUGACUUUGUGGGGUUGAAAUUCUUGCCCCAUCUCCAGACCUGGGUAUAUAACCUCACCCAUGGCAAGGGUUUGGGUAAGGCCGCCUUCCGCACAAACGCCAGGGAUGCCCUCAAUGUCUCCCAAGCUUGGCGCUGGUCUUUGCCUUAUAAAAAGGUCUCUCGAGUUCAGGAAGUCUGUGGUGAAGCUAUGGAUUUGCUGGGCUAUGUCCAGGUCAAAUCCCAACAAGAGCAACUCAGCCUGUCUCUGGAUCUUCUGUCUCCCCCUAACACUUUGGAGCAAGUCUACCAAAAGAAUUGAAGGGUCUGUCCCCACUACUUGGUCGCAUCCUCAGGAACUGCUGAAUGCUUCUGAGCCUUAACUGUGUCUCUAGAUAUGCUGAAUGUCAGUUGUGCCCACAUGGGCCCAAGCAGAGGGAUCGCUGUGUCUAUGCUCCUGUCUACACAUCUUAGCCCAAAGAUCAAGAAGCAAUUAUGUUCCUGUCUAGAAAAGACUCUGGAACCUUAUGAGCAUCCCGUUCCAUAUCAAACAUGCCUUUCUUCUUGAUCUUCCCUCCUGUGCGUACCUCAGAGACUCUGUGGUCUGGAGGCCUAACUUCCCUGUCUACAUCUUCUCAAUGAGAGAGAGUGAAAAACAGGGAAAUGGGUCUUUCAUCAAAGAGCUCCCAGCAACUUCCUCAGACACCUGGACACUGGACCCUCAGAGUUGCCAGUGGAUUCAUGAAGGAAGCAGGAAUGUGUUGGGUCCUUACCUGUGAGCCUGGCCAUCACAGUUAUCAGACUCUUCCCACAGCAGGGCCAGUGCUCAGGUUCACAGGGCAGCAGGUUUGGACGGUAUUUCUCCUCAAUGUUUUCCUAUCAUAGGAGAAUUUGAUCUACGAAGCUGCCGUCCAGUAAUACUACAAUUCUAAACUAAGAUUCUGUUUGGAAUUUCCCCAUGGGUGCUAAGUACUCAUUCCUAUGGAGUACUAAGCAGAGAACACAAUCAUUUUAAUAUAGGUUUUUUAUUUAAACUUUUGAAAUUACCCAACACCUGCAUAUCCAAAAAACCACUACCGUGUUUGAUGUCAGAUGAUCAAAUCUAUUGUCUUUAAGAAUUGGUGGUAGAAGGGGGCUAGAGAUAUGACUCAGCUGUUAAGAACACUUGCUGUUCUUCCAGAGGACCCAGGUUCGAUUCCC